AUGAAGCUGGUGCGGGCCACGGUGGACAGCGUGGGGAUGCCCCGACCGACGCCCACUCCGGAGCAUCCCCAAGGGCUGUGCCUGGACAAGGGCUACGACUUCGCCGAGGUGCGCCGCACUCUGGACGAGUUCGGCUUCACCGCCCACAUCCGCAGCCGGGGCGAAGAGGCUCAGGCCAUCAAAAGGGAGGCUGGGUUCAAAGCCCGCCGCUGGGUGGUGGAACGCACGCACAGUUGGCUGAACCGUUUCCGGCGCAUCCUGGUCCGUUGGGACAAAUCCCCGGAUAACUACAUCGCCUUUCUUCAUUUCGCCUGCGCCCUCAUCGCCCUCAGAGCCGCCGGGUCAUUAGGAUAG